AUGUUUAUGUUUUAUGGGAUCGGUUUUGGACUGCACAUCUGCGCUAUUUACUCAGCUAAACAAAACGGGCCGUGGCUUUUCUUUGUUAACGGGAAUUUCUCGUUUUUGUUUAAUGUGCCAAUUGCUAUGUGUGCGAUUUCUUUGGCUUUCCAGCACUUUUGGUACAAAAAUGAAAGCCAUAGAAAGGGAUUUGGCAACGUGUGGAUAAACGCAAUACUCGUAGCUGUGAAUCUCACAGCCGUGGUUGUUGGUUUUUAUUUCUUUGCAUGGAAGUCGAUACCAGUCACGUUUGUUGGUCAAUCGCUCUUUGUGUCUGUCGCAUUUGGUGUUCUUGGGUUUGUCUCUUUAUUUUUCCUCUUUAACUGUUCCAUCUUUCCACCAUUUUUAAAUGAGAGGAUCGAAUCUGAAUGA